GGGCGGGAGAGUGGGGGUGUAGCCCGUGAGGCUGUGGUAAUAUCAGAGAGAGAGAGGUGGGGGGAGAGAGACGCGGGUGGACAGUGUGAUGCUGCGCGUUAUCUACUGGCUAAAUGAGGGUUGUCUUUCCCAGUUUAGGCAGCAGGGCUUCUCCACCCUUUCCAGUAAGGAUCAGUAAUUUACACGACAACAGCAGGGCGCCUGUCGGAUCUCCACUGGACCCUGCGCUGCUGGAUCUCCCACAGUGCUUCUGCUGCUACUGCUGCUUCAUCACCAAGCGCUUAACGCCGAAGGAGGACAAGGUCUGGUUUCUGUGCCAUGUGCAGAACAACAUGUAUGUGUGAAUUCACGCGGUGACAGCGGAGGGGGGAAUGGAGCAGUUGUCAUCAAAUUCCUGCAGACGCACCGACGGUGAUACUGUGGAGGCUGUCGUGUAGUGAAAAGACCUUCAUACGCAGCGGCCAAUCCUAGAGAUUUCGGGAGGUUUUGACAGCCAAAUAAAAGGGGUGAAAAGAGGCUCAGCGGUCAGGCUUCAUGUCAGCCACAACAAUGGGGGAGCAGCCCAUCUACAGCACGCGGGCUCACGUCUUCCAGAUCGAUCCCAACACCAAGAAGAACUGGCUGCCCACCAGCAAGCAUGCUGUCACGGUUUCCUACUUCUAUGACAGCACACGCAACGUCUACCGCAUCAUCAGCCUGGACGGCACCAAGGCAAUAAUCAACAGCACCAUCAGCCCCAACAUGAAUUUCACAAAGACCUCACAGAAAUUUGGGCAGUGGGCGGACAGCCGAGCUAACACUGUCUAUGGACUGGGAUUCUCCACUGAGCAUCAUCUAUCCAAGUUUGCAGAGAAGUUUGCAGAAUAUAAAGAAGCAGCAAGACUCGCUAAGGAGAAGAGUCAAGAAAAGAUGGACAUGGCCACAUCUCCUUCUCAGGAGUCUCCGGCAGGUGAGCUCUCAUCACCUUUGACCCCGGUGACUCCGCCCAUGGAAAACAUCAACGGCACAGAUGAAAUCUGUGACACGACUCCCAACUCAGACGCCCGUCCCGAGCCGGCGCAGAACGCUCUGGCCUUUGCACACAGCCCGGCCAUGACAAAACACUGGGAAGCUGAGCUGGAGGCACUAAAGGGGAACAAUGCCAAGCUAACGGCAGCUCUGCUGGAGUCCACUGCCAACGUCAAACAGUGGAAACAGCAACUGGCCGCCUACCAGGAAGAGGCAGAGAGACUACACAAACGGGUGACUGAACUUGAAUGCCAGAGCAACCAAACCCCAGUGAUUAAAUCCCAGAAGACUGAGCUCAACCAAACCAUAGAAGAACUAGAGACUGCACUAAGGGAUAAAGAAGAGGAAAUGGAAAAGUUGAAAGAAGAACUGGAAAACAUGAAUGACCUGAUGGAGCAGAAAGACACACUCACCCAGAAACUCGAGGAGACGGAGCUGCGCGGCCGUGUGCUCGAGGAGCAGCUGUCGGGUGCCGAGCAGAGGCUGGAAGAGAACCAGGAGGAGCAGGAGAACUUUAGGAAGAGCCUGCGGACGCUGCUGGAGCUGCUGGACGGCAAGAUCUUUGAGCUGACGGAGCUCAGAGACACCUUGGCUCGGCUCAUAGAGGAGGCCAGCUAGAAGACAAAGUUACCUAAACUUCACAGACAGAGCCAUAUGACAACUUACUCUGACACCUACCCACUAUGCUCCCUUUUCCCCUCUACAACCCACACAGAUUAAAAUGAGACACUGCCCACAUUCAUAUUUCAGUCAAAAAGGGCAGCUGUUCCCCUGUUUUUUUUACCUUGCAGGCAUCCAGUUCCUACCAACCGCAGGCGCUCCUGCGGCUCGCGACGAUGCAGGGUCUACCUCAGCUUGCCUUCUGAUGGGCUGGUGUAGGCAUAACCUCGGCUGAACUGGUAGUUCCUGCCCCCCCCCAACCUACCCCCUCACACACACACACCCACCCACCCACACACACACACACCCUUUCGCAAAGAGUUAACUUGAGAACUGUGCCUCAGUGCCAUCUACUGUUUGACUGGGAGAGCUGCACCACAGCUUGCAGCAUCACACCACACCGUCACCCCCCUCCCCCUGCUUCCACUCUAAACUGCACCCCCACCCCCACCCCCCCCCCCCGGAGGGGAGCGUUGAAAGUCAUGUGGAAAUAAUUGCUGUUAAGACUCAGAGAACUGCGCCAAAGCUGCCAAAUCCCCCCGAAUAUAUUGUCCUCUAACUAGCAGAUGCUUUGAUCCAAAGUGACUUACUGUACAGACGAGAACUGAACGGAGAAGCCCCAUGUUUGAGCUCGGGCUGCCAGAAGAGAAUUAAAGGAUAACUCUCAAUACAACAAAUCAGUCAGUGUUACCUAUUUGUCUGGAGUAACAUCACAGCUGCCCCCUCCCCACACCCCAAAUCCCAACCUGGGAAAAAUAUAGUUCGGUUUACUUCCGUGUCCGCAGCCAGUUUAAAUUCCUAUAUGAUAGACGACUACUAAAUCUUCCAGAGGCGUUGUUCAUGCCACACAGAAAGUUUCGGGUGUGUGUGCCCACGUUAUAUUCAACAUGAAGGAUUGCUGCAUCCGGACUGCUUCCACCAUCACAGACCUGUCUUCCUGCCAAACUCAGUGUGGUGUGUGUUUCUGAACAAGGCCUGACAUAAUGUGUGCCUUCAAGCACACAUGAGUGGAGAAGUGUUUGUAUAUAAUAUGUGUGUGUGUUUGUGUGUGUGUGUGUGCGUGUGUGCAGCGAAACAUUGUGGACAAUAAGGCCGCCGACACUUAACACACACACACACACUCUCACACUGAGCAAUACCAGACAGGCUCUUUUCAACACCUUCUAUCCGACUCUAUCAGGUACUUUACUCAGUGGACUCAUGCAGAUAUAGGUCAAAUGCAACUAAGCUGGUCUCCCCCUGUCCAACAGAAAGUGUACUACUUUUGACCGUAAAACUGUGUGGCAGCCCUGUCUGGUCGAAGUAGUGCAUCGUGAAGGGCUUCUAGAGUGUCAUCUUGGUGUUCGUAAAAUCUCCACCCUCAGUGAAACUGGCCGCAGGUUUUCACUCCUCACUGGUGAAUACAGAACUGCACUCAGUUUCUAUUCUUUUUUUACACAGAAUAUAACACUGAUGAUAUAAUUAUAGAAAUGUACAAGACAACUUUCUACUCAUGACUGCGUUUAAAUUAAUGGCUGGAAGACUCAAAAUGCAGUAACGCCUUGGGGUGGCUUAUUGUUGUGUAUUAACCUAUGAGUGUUCAGCCUGUAGGUUGAAAACAGCAACAACAAAAACUCUUCUGUGCAUUUUAAAUGUGUUAAAAACACAGUUUUACACAUUCUGUACCCAAAUAUAGACUUACUGUAUACAGCAGCAUUUAUGCAGGUAAAAUCUAAAGCUGUACCUUAAACUGGCUUCCUUAAAAUUGACUCCAUUUCUAAAGUGCACCUUGUUUGUGCUUUAUUUCACUGUUAUAACUCCCUCUAUGUAGUAGAUUUGUAUUAAGUAAUACCACAGCAGCUUUCUGCAGGUUAAUACACUGGAAUAAGUCUCAUGUAAAGGGAAAUGUUCCUUUUUUUUUCUGGUUUAACGUUGACGGUUGAGUGACAGAGAUGGAAUACCUUAAUAUUAAUGCUAUUGUUAAUGAAUGCCUUUGUACAGUAGUGGAUAAGAAGCUUUUCAUUCUCCUGUUUUGUAACUUAUGGUAUUUAAAUGUAGGUAUUAUUAUUGUAUUUAGAGGUAUGAGAAGACUGGCAAUAUUUUUGACUAUUUAAAGUAAUUUUGAACUCAUGAUAUUAAAGAGGUACCUCAGGCCAACGAUGUUCAUAGACUGGUGAGACUUGUGAGUUCGCAGCUGAAGGGAUUUAUCACAUGCCGGUGACAAACGAUCAGGAGACAUACUUGUUGGUGCUUCAGCCAAACUACACCCCCUGUUGAAUUCAAAGUCAAAGAAACACACCUCUGUGAACUAAGAAAUGCUAUGUUUUUUAUUCAAAUACAGUGACCGCGGCAUUCAGUGU